AUGCGACGCCGACUCAUACCACAUGGUCCGCACCACCUCCUGGAGAAUUUCGACGCUCACAGAGCACUUCUUUGCUAUGACUGUGCCUGGUGUCGGGAGCCAGGUCUUCCACUAGGAGUCAUUGUAGGUGGUAUAUGUCUCUAUCGGCACCUGUGUCUCUCAACCUCGUUAUCAUCUAUCAUUCUCGAGCAACGACUACAUUGCCCUUUCGAGGUGUUCGACUGGUAUAAGACUGUGUGUGUGUGUAUGUCUGGAAGCCAAAACCUCGGCCAAGCAGAGAAAUACCCGGGACAAGAUGUACCUCGCGAAGGAAAUCUCGGCUAUCUAGCGAAACGUUACAUCACAGAGAAAGGCCUUGCAAAUUCUCUGGCAAUGGCUGUACAUGAAGAUCCACCCCUGGGACAACAAGUCAGAUGGCUUGUUGCAUCUGAGCAAUUUGCCGAAGUCGAAGGGAUAGCACGCAGAGCAGCGAACAACUCCCCAACCCCCAGAAAGUCAAGGGUCGCAGAGCCAACCAUGGAACCCGACUGGAAAGACUCCUGCUGA